GCUCAGAGAUGGAGGCAAAUGGGAGCCAAGGCACCUCGGGCAGCGCCAACGACUCCCAGCACGACCCCGGUAAAAUGUUUAUCGGCGGACUGAGCUGGCAGACCUCACCAGAUAGCCUUAGAGACUAUUUUAGCAAAUUUGGAGAAAUUAGAGAAUGUAUGGUCAUGAGAGACCCCACUACGAAACGCUCCAGAGGCUUCGGUUUCGUCACGUUUGCAGACCCAGCAAGUGUAGAUAAAGUAUUAGGUCAGCCCCACCACGAGUUAGACUCCAAGACGAUUGACCCCAAAGUUGCAUUUCCUCGUCGAGCGCAACCCAAGAUGGUCACAAGAACAAAGAAAAUAUUCGUAGGCGGAUUAUCUGCAAACACAGUGGUGGAAGAUGUAAAGCAAUAUUUCGAGCAGUUUGGCAAGGUGGAGGAUGCAAUGCUGAUGUUUGAUAAGACGACCAACAGGCACAGAGGGUUUGGCUUUGUCACUUUUGAGAAUGAAGACGUUGUGGAGAAAGUCUGUGAGAUUCAUUUCCAUGAAAUCAAUAAUAAAAUGGUAGAAUGUAAGAAAGCUCAGCCGAAAGAAGUCAUGUUCCCACCUGGGACGAGAGGCCGGGCCCGGGGACUGCCUUAUACCAUGGAUGCGUUCAUGCUUGGCAUGGGGAUGCUGGGCUACCCCAACUUUGUGGCAACCUAUGGCCGCGGCUACCCCGGAUUUGCUCCAAGCUAUGGCUACCAGUUUCCAGACUAUUUGCCGAUUUCACAAGACAUAAUUUUUAUCAACUAGCUCUUAAGAGAGGCAUAACAAAUUGGGGUUUGCUACCAUUACUAGAGAGAGGACACAGUCCCGGCCGGGGCUACCCCAGCUGCUGUCAGCGCCCACUGAAGCUGCCCUUGCUGCCUGUUUGACCGAAUGUUCUUUACUCGUUUUUUUGGAAAAAACUCAUGCCCUCGUUGCUUCACUCUUUUUUUGUUUGAGUCUCCAGUCCCCUCCCACUCUGCUUUUUGUGCACACCGGGAACAUCCCCCCUCCCCCCACGUGCCCCCUUCUCCCAGAAUGCAUUGGGACCAGAGGAAAGGCCUCAAAACUUUAUAGUGACUCCCCAGGGGGAUCCGGUUAUUUUAAAUAAUGACCAAACAGACCUGUGGGGUAGGAUUUUAAAUGCUGUUGGCCACAGUGUUGGGGACAUGUGGCACCUAUGUCCCAUGGGGAACGCAGGGUGAAAAGUGAACACACACUCGGAGGUUGUUCUGUAAAUACUAACAUGGAAAAUGUAGUCUGGAAGAGCAGCUAUAUAAAGCUAUGGUUUGUCUUGAGGGCCAGGCCCUCAGUGGCUGUUGCCAUAAUAAAAAACACAUCUGCCUCAAGAGGGAACAGUGGGGUCAUCAGGUGCUGCCAUGUCUUCCACACUGUGGGCACCAAUCCAGGCCAACCCCUCCUUCCCCAGCACCCCCACCCUCGCCUCCCUGCCCAUGCGGGCUCUGUGUUCCCUGCUGGCACCAAGGGCCUCGUGGCCCACUGGAAUGAAAGGAGAUAGAACCCAGGCCCAUCCCGAUCAUGUCAGCACCCCCAUGUGGCCCCACAGAAGCAUCUUUUCCCACCAUCCUGACUCAUCCACUUCCCGAUUUAAAGUACCCCCACUCUCUGGAUUACUGAAGUACAGCCAAGUUGGGCCCUCGGGAGUCUCCCCUUUGUUCACACUCCACAGUUGUGAGAAGUGACUCGCCUGCUUCCCUCGGAUGCAUUUGACAUGAACAAAUCCAUCCAUUUGAAUGUCAGUGUCCUUGAGAACCAAACUAUUCGGUUUGUUCAUCCCAUUAAAGUUGCUUGAUGUAAUAAUGGGUUAGUUUACUUUUAUUUUCCCAUAGACUUUUUCAUGAAUGGUGUUUGUUGUUUUUUUUUUAAAAAUCCGACUUUGUUCUGCUGUGAUUCACUUUGCUUUGGUAAACUUGUCCUAGUCGGCCUGCCUCACCAGCGUUUUAGCUGUUACGAAUUUUCUGCAUCUCUGUAAAUAGUUCAUCUGUGCAUCUCCCUGAUGACGUUUAUUUUUUCCUCCUGUAAGCAACUGAGGUAGAAAAAUAAAUUGUUUACCACGGACAUGCUGUGUACUGCCGUCUCUAACCUGACGGCUCUCACUCUGGGGAGGUGAAUGCACUGAAUAGCUGGUACCCACAACAGCGUAGUGCAGUGUCUGAAGCAUGUGCACUUUUUGUGGCUGCCGCCCGGCGGCCUCUCACUGCAUGGUGUGCCCUUCUCUUGCUCCAGGUGGUCUGUUCUUGAGGAGACAGAGCAUCUGUGUGCAGCAGCUGCACAUUCACCCCAAAGCCCUCCCCUCUAUGGUCACUGGUGCCCUCACGUGAAAACACCACUGGGACAUCUGGCACCCACUCGUCUGACCUCUCAUCUGAGCACCAGGUGUAUGUGAGCUCAAGCCCGUGCUUGUGUACACCUACACAUGAUUUGCACAUGCCUUGCUUUCCUGUUGCCCUGAACAGUGCAGUUUGGAAGAGGCACCAGAAGACAAUGGAACUGGACCUGAAGCUCUAAGACCUGGUUUCCAGGCCCCAUGUGGCCACAUAGUAGCCAUGUGACCUUGAGGGAUAAAGUCCUGGGGUAAUAAUAGUGCUCAGUUGUUUUGUUAGAAUUAAGUAGGAUAAUGUGUACAUAUGAAUAUGCCUUGAAAGUUGAUCAAUGCUAAACAACUAGGAGUUUUGGAAACACUGGGCUCCGAUGCUGUUAUAUCACCCCCCAGAGUGGUUUUCUUUUCCUUGUCACCCUGAUAAAGCCCCCUGCUGGUGGUGAUACCAGAACUGGGUGUUGCAAAGCCAAAUAGAAUUCCUAGGUAAGGGAGGGAAAGAAGUAUAUCUCAGAGAAAUGACCUGCUUAAAGUAAGAAAAAAGGAAACUAAUGGCCUAAACAAAAUAAGAAUUUGUUUCUCUCACCCAUGUAAAAUAAGCCUAUGUGGCAUCAGUUUAUUAGGGAUCUGGGUAUCUUUUUUUUUUUUUCCAAAGAUUUACUUUAUAUAAGAGCUGGGAUACAGGCCAGAUGCAUGGGAGGGUGAGAGGAUUCACCAGAGAUAGAGUGGGGAGCAGAACAGGCAAACUGACGAAAUACACUGCUGAGGGGAGCAAUGGGCAAGACGGGAGAGGUCUGCUCGCCAAGUGGAUUGCUCCGAGGCCGGCGGGGAUCAAAGCGGCACUGCAGAAGCUGCAGACAGCCUCACAGUGCUGCGCUCAACCGCCUGCGCCACCAGGGAGGCCCUGGGUAUCUUCUUUUUUAUUCUAUCCUCUUCAACAUAGACUCUACCUCAGAGUCUAAAAAGGCUGCUCAAGCCCCAGCCAUUACAUAUUCAUCUCAGAAGAGCAUAUUUCUUCCCUUUUGUAACACUAGAAGCCAAAUGUGACAUUCUGCAUAGACCCCAUUGGUCAGACCUUAGUCUCAUAGCCUUAGGCAUUUCUAAGGUUUCCUUUAUCCCGGGCAGCCAUGUGCCCAGCUGAAAACAUAAUUUGGGUACUAAGGAAGAAGGGUACAGCAGAUACUAGGAAAUACCUCAGUCUCUGGCACAAAGCAGAGAGGAAGCAUUGCAGGCCCCAGGGAUGAUGAGCAGGCCUAUGAAUGGGGCUUGCAGGAGCAUCUGGGCUGGGGGGAGACAACGUUAAAGCAGGAGACUGUGCUCAGUCAUGGAGGCCUUGUGAGUCAGGUUCAGGAAUUCCAGUUUGACUGUCAACCCAGAUGAAAAGGCUUAGAGGAUUUGAAGUAGAGGAGUGAUAUGAUAUGGUCAGAUCUCCAAAGUAAGUCAGAGGGGUCUGGCGAGAUAGGGGGGCAUCGAAGAAACUGCAAGGGUGGGUUCAGAAACUGUUGUCUCUUUUCUGCAUGCCACCACCUCUCCUCCCUGUCUCACCCUCUCUUCACUCCAUUCCUUUCCCCCUGCCUUGGGCUGCCUGGUGGCCCUUGGAGUCUUUCAGCUCUACUGGGUAAAACAGCCCCAACCACUGAAAGGGCUGUGGGCCAAAGCCUUGGCUACUGACGUAACCCUCAGACACAGGCACUUGGGGCAGCAGGUGGCAUCCCAUGGCCCAGUGCUCACACCUCCCUCCCAGGACGCUGUCACCCGUCAAUAGCUGGGCAGUGCACAUCCCAGGUCAGUAGACCUGGGAUUCUUCGAUUUUGGGCCUGGAGGUGCCAGUUGGUCCUCCUAUCUCUUCAACGACAGGGAACCGGUUUCAUGUCAGGGGCCAUUGUUGACUGGUCAGUACUGGCUUCCUGGAGAACUGACUUAAGAAUGAUUUUGAGGCCAAGUCCUAGCUCAGCAGAAAGAGGGCUGUGAUUGAUGCACAGUGCCUGCACGGUUGCUGGCUGGGCAAAUCACAGAUUGUGCCUUUCGGAUUCCAGUGUGAUGAUGGUACUUGGGUCACUCUGAAGAUGACCGUUUUGUUUCAUGUGGAGGGAGGGAGGCAGGGGCACAGCCUCAGGGAAGAUACCAUAGCUCGGGGAUAUCCUGGAGGAGAAGCUACCGGAGCCUGGCUGCUGUACCGGCAGGCUCAGGUAAGUGGCCGUCAAGUCAUCUGGUCUUUGAGCACAGACCAGGAGUUAGUGUCAUGACUUAUCCUCAGGGGAGUGGCUUGAAUGUGGAAAGCAGAAUGCAGUUGGUUCAAGUUCUCAAGAGGAGAGGGAGUUUGUCUUUAUAGGAUGAUCCCAGUUGUCCUUGACCUUAGGGAAGGGGCUACUUCCUGCACCAGCUCGUAACCCACCGUCAGUUCUGUCCGGUUCAUGACAUUUUGCAGAGUGUUCAGAAGUGCUUCUCACUGUGGUGCCAAAAGCCUAGGAUUCUGCCAGUGUUGGUAACCUGGGCUGCCCUGGGCAGUGGUUCGAGGGCCCUUCCACGCAGCCGCCCCUCCAGCCUGCUCAAGCGGCAGAGACUGCUUGAGCCCCACUUGGGAGAGGCCAUCCCUGGCUCAUGCCUCCAUCUGGGUCUCUCCCAAGUGCUGCUCUUUCUGGCCUCUUCUUGGAGGGAGAGGAGCCUCCCCCCAGUCUCUGAAGCCUUGUCUGGGAGGCAGUUCCAGGCCAUUGUGAUAGAAUCACAGACCAGGGCUUAGGAUGACCCCUCACUUGGAUAUAAACUUAAAUGUCAGGAUUUCUCCCUCCUGCUUCAAUUUUUUUUAAAGAUUUAUUUAUUUAUGCAUACAAGAACUGGGGUGCAGGCCAGAGGUACGCGUGGUGAGAGGAUUCACCAGAGACAGAGUGGGGAACAGAAUAGGCAGACUGACUGAAAUACACUGCUGAGGGGAGUAGCGGGAAUGACAGGAGAGGUCUGCUGUGCCAUGUGGGUAGCUCCCUGGCAGGGAUCGAACUCAUGCUGCAGAGGCUUCAUAGUGCUUCAUAGUGCUGUGCUUAAACCCUUGUGCCACCAGGGAGGUUCUUGCAAGUGCCCUUAAGAGGAACUCUAUGGACCCCCAAAGUGGCAAACCCUCAGGCUCUGCCAGUGCCCCUGACAGGGAAACUGAUCUUGAGAUGCCAGGGCGGGGUGACUGGCUUCCCAGGUAUGUGACAUAACCAUUGACCUGGGCACCAUAAACAGAAAACUCAGAGUAAAGGGAACCCGUCCUGACAAACGUAGUCCCUGCACAUCUGUUUCAUCACCAGCCCUCUAAUCUGUACAUCCCUUUAGCCCUAAAGCUCCGCCUGUCUCUAGAGAUUACCCCCUUCGCAGAUUGGAUCCACAGGCAGAUUUUAAUUCACCAGCCAGCUCCUCCUGUGGCCGGCCCACUCAGUGCCACCUGGCCCUGUGUACUUGGGGCUUAUCCUCUCAUUUGAAUAUUAAAGGCAAGCUUAGUCAGGAAAGCUAUCCCCUGCUUUAAAAGAAGAUGGAAAAGUAGAAUUCAGCAGCACACCCCAAAUCCUGGCAGCAGGAUUGUCGGGACUGUGGACGGGCCAUGCACUCCACGCCUCCCUUGGCGUGGAAAAUCAGGAGCUGACUCUAUUCCCAGAUGAGAGCAGAGCGAGAUGCCUAAUAGGCACUUAAUAAAUGUUUGUGGAAAUGAAUUGGAGCAAUCUGAGUUGACGGGAAUUGCGGGUUUCACUUUCGAUCAGCUUGCUGUAGCUCUCGAAGCUCCUCUGCAUAAAUGAAGGGAAACGUGGCAGAGGGCGGGCUCAGCUCCCAGUGCUGAUGCCCUGAGCACUGUAUCCUCAGGCAGGAAGUCGGGAGACAGUUCUUGCCCCAAGAGGGCUGGGAGAGGAAAGCCUCCUGUAAGUCUCAGUUUUCCUAUCUAUCGAAUGGAUCUGUCAAAUGGGGUUAUUGACCCUUGUCCUUGCCCUCUGCCUCACAAGUAGUUGAGAGGGUGACCUAGGAUGACCUAGUGUUUUGAGAAAAGGUAGUGUCCUGUCCUGGGAAGCCCCAUGUGAGAGCAGAGGGUCCAGCCAGCUGCAGUAGGGGCAGCAGUGAGGGGGCUGUGGAUGUGGCCUGAGCCCUAGGCCCACUGGCUCCCAUCUCCCCCAGCACUGCCAUCCUCAGCUCCCCUCUCACACCUUUUAGGUACCUGUACCCCAGUCAGCCUGCCAGCACAAAGUUAAUCAACAUUCAAGCCCUUCAGUUUUAAUUUGCAUCAGCAAAAGCAAGCGAAAUGUUACAGGUUAAAAACAAACCACCAACAUCAACAAAUUACAGAAGAUGAAAUCAUAGGCAGAAGGCACUACCAGGCCUAAGGAAAGGGCAGCUCAUGGCCUCUAGAACAGCCAAGGACAAACCAAAGGCAAAGGGGUGGCCUGGCCUCUCCCC